CAUCAAAGACAUCUUUACAGCCUUUCUUUUCCCUCAGAGUUUGGGGGUGUGUUCUUUCAACUGUUUCUCCUGUCUCUUAAGACAACAAGUUGAAACAACUGUCUCUUAGGGACAGUUCAAGAUUCUCUUCAUCAACUAAAAUAAAGGAAAAAAAAACAUUUAUAAACCUACUCCAGGAAUCUUCCGUGAAUCUGACGUCCUUUAUGUUGUUGUUGCUUCAUUGAUUUGAGCAAUGAAUAACAAUUAUCAUCUCCCUAUGGAUCCAGCUAUGGACUCUUCAUUCAUGGACGGUUUGCUUCUAGAUGGUUGCUGGUUAGAGACAACAACAACAGAUGCAUCUGAGUUCCCAAACUUUAGUCCUUCAACCUCCAUAUCCCCAUUUGAUCCUUCCUCCUUCAUGUGGUCUCCACAGCAAGACAACACAGCAGCAAUCUCUUCCUCUACCUUAUCUCACAUGUAUGGUCAGGGCUUUGCAGAAAGGUCUAGUCUUGAGGAUCUCUCAACCCUGAACAGACGGUUGUGGAUUGGACCAAGCGGUGGAGGUCACGGCUCUUCUGUGAUGGAGAGAUUGGUUCAAGCGGUGAAACACAUUAAAGACUUCACUAGCGAGAGAGGCGACUCUCUUAUACAGCUGUGGGUGCCUGUGGAUAGAGGAGGUAAGAGAGUCUUAACCACAAAGGAACAGCCUUUCAGCCAUGAUCCGAUGUCUCAGAGGCUUGCUCAUUACAGAGAGAUCUCUGAGAAUUAUCAGUUCUCUGCUGAGCAAGAGGAUUCGAGCUCCAAGGACUUGGUUGGUUUGCCUGGGAGAGUUUUCUUGGGGCAGGUUCCUGAGUGGACUCCUGAUGUGAGGUUUUUCAAGAACGAGGAGUAUCCUAGAGUCCAGCAUGCUCAGGACUGCGAUGUCCGUGGGACGUUAGCUAUCCCUGUGUUUGAACAAGGUAGUAAGACUUGCAUAGGUGUUAUUGAGGUUGUUAUGACUACUCAGAUGGUUAAGUUGAGCCCUGAGCUUGACAGCAUCUGCAGAGCACUUCAGGCUGUUGAUCUUAGGAGCACUGAAGUUCCGGUUUCGCCUUCUCUAAAGGGACCUGACUUCUCCUACCAAGCUGCAUUACCUGAGAUCAGAAACCUCUUGAGAUGUGCCUGCGAGACACACAAACUCCCACUAGCUCAAACAUGGAUGUCUUGUCUCAAACAAAGCAAAACCGGCUGCCGUCACAACGACCACAACUACAUCCACUGUGUAUCCACAAUAGACGAUGCUUGCUACGUCGGUGACCCCACAGUCCGUGAGUUCCACGAAGCUUGCUCUGAGCACCAUCUCCUAAAAGGCCAAGGAGUCGUCGGAGAAGCGUUUUUGACCAACGGUCCUUGCUUCUCAUCCGAUGUCUCUAGCUACAAAAAAUCCGAGUACCCUCUCUCCCACCACGCAACUAUGUUUGGACUACAUGGCACGGUCGCUAUACGCUUGCGCUGCAUCCACACUGGCUCAGCUGACUUUGUUUUGGAGUUCUUUUUGCCUAAAGACUGCAGAGACAUAGAAGAACAGAGGAGAAUGUUGAAUGCUCUUUCCACUAUAAUGGCUCAUGUGCCUAGAAGUUUAAGGACAGUCACUGAGAAGGAGCUAGAAGAAGAGGGAGAUCAAAUGGUCAGUGAGGUUGAGACACUUCCAAAGAUAGAGGAGACAUGUGAAGUACAUGGAAGUAAUAGUAAUCCUCAACAUGUAGGCUUAGCUGUUGAUGGAGAGCUAGGCUUUGACUAUGGUAAAGGAGUGAGUGUGGUGAAUGAGAACAGCACUUUCUCUAGUGGUGGUGGUGGUUCAAGUAGAGUGACUGAGAAGAAGAAAACAAAAGCUGAGAAGAACAUUACUUUGGAUGUUCUGCGCCAAUACUUUGCAGGGAGUCUCAAAGAUGCUGCCAAGAGUAUUGGUGUUUGUCCAACGACGUUGAAGAGAAUCUGCAGACAGCAUGGGAUACAGAGAUGGCCAUCAAGAAAGAUCAAGAAAGUUGGUCACUCGCUUCAGAAGAUCCAACGUGUCAUUGACUCUGUUCAAGGAGUGUCAGGUCAUCAUCUCCCUAUAGGCUCCUUCUAUGCUAACUUCCCGAACCUAGCUUCUUCACAAGAGCAACAAUCCAAGCAGACAACGUUCUUGCCUCCUUCUUCACAUUCACAGCCUGCAAAAUCCUCCUCCCCUGGUUCCUCUUGUAGCCACACGUCAAGUUGUUCAAGCGAAACACAAGUAAACAAGGAGGAUCCUAUGAACAAAGCUAGAGAAGAUACAAGAUCUUUUAAGCAAACGCAGACCACGCAGUUAUCACCAUCGACGUCAUCACAGGACGAUGAUUUUCUGAGGUUGAAGGUGAGCUACGAGGAGGAGAAGAUCAGGUUCAGGAUGAGGAACUCGCGCAGGCUUAAAGAUCUGUUGUGGGAGAUAGCGAAACGGUUUGGUAUAGAAGAUGUGAGCAGAUAUGAUCUGAAGUACUUAGAUGAAGACAAUGAAUGGGUUUUGUUGAGGUGUGAUGAUGAUGUUGAGGAAUGUGUUGAUGUCUGCAGGUCUUUCCCUGGAGAGACGAUAAAGCUUUUGCUUCAGCUCUCUUCUCAGCAUUUGCAAGAACGUUCUUCUAUCAGUGGAUCACUUUCCUGACAGAAUGAAGUAAGAGAGAAAGAUGUCACUUAUAGUUUGUGUUGUGUAAGCAUUGUUCAUAGGUUUUCUUUACUUUUUUUCAAGAUUACUAGGUGGUGCUUGAUAUGGCAGAGAGAGAGAACAUGUAAAGUGCCUUUAUUUUAUAGAAACAAAUAAUUUUAUUUUUCUUGUUUACUAGUAUGUUUGUAUUGUAAUGUGCUGUUGGUUUGCAAAUGUAGAUGCACAUUUUCAAUAA